UUUUUUUUUUUUUGUUCUUCACAAUCUAAAAACCAAAAAAAAAAGAAAAGAAUAUGUCUGACGAUUUCGAUGAUGAUUUGUAUAAUGUGUACAAUGGAGGAGGACAAGAAGAUUCGUACAAUGAUGAAGAUUUAUACGGCGAAGACCCCGUGGUUGAUGUGAAGGAGGAAGAAGUGAAAGAAGAGGAGACUGUAGAGGAAUCCACUGUCCCGGAACCUACUACGCCUACCUUGACGGAGACUUCCUCUCAUCAAAACGGGUAUCAACAGCAACAGCAACAGCAACAACAACAACAACAACAACAACAACAGCAGCAGAAUUGGGGAUAUCAGCAACAACAGCAACAGAAUCAAUAUCAACAAUAUAUGGCUGCAUACCAACGAAGCUUACAACAACAGAUGGCCAUGAAUCCAUAUCAAAUGCAACAAAUGAUUCAGAGACAGAUGAGACAGCCUCAACAUUAUAACAACAGGCAAGAGACGUCAGUAAAGAAGGGACAUAAUGAGGAUGGUGAGGAAACGUCUGUGACAAGUGCUUCCAAUCAAGAUGAAGGAAAAAAGAGAGAGUACAAACAUUUUGUUAAUAUGUAAAUACAAUAAAUUUGGGUAUAAUAGAAAGAUGUUUAUCGGAGGUCUUAAUUGGGAAACUACCGAUGGUAAGCUUUUAUACAUAUAAAAAAAAAAAUACACGGGAAAGCAAAGACAUAGGGAGAAAAGGAUGAAAGAAAUAGUUUGUUAUUCUAAUAGUAUAAAGAUAUAAUUUAAUUAAAAACUUUUUUUUUUUUUUUCAUCAUAAUUAAAAAAAAAAAAAAAUUAAAAAAAACAAAAGAUUCAUUACGUCAAUACUUUUCUCAAUUUGGUGAAGUUCUUGAUUGUACUGUUAUGCGCG